GGCGCCAAGUACUCGGAGCACGGCAACCCCGCCAUCCUACUCAUGGGUGCGGCCAACGGCGGGCCCGUUGUCAAAACUGACUCGCAGCAGCCCCUCGUCUGGCCCGCCUGGGUGUAUUGCACGCGCUACUCCGAUCGCCCAUCCUCCGGUCCACGCACCAGGAAGCUGAAGAAGAAGAAGAACGAGAAGGAGGACAAGCGGCCGCGGACGGCUUUCACGGCCGAGCAGCUGCAGAGACUCAAGGCGGAGUUCCAGGCGAACCGCUACAUCACAGAGCAGCGGCGGCAGACCCUGGCCCAGGAGCUCAGCCUCAACGAGUCCCAGAUCAAGAUCUGGUUCCAGAACAAGCGCGCCAAGAUCAAGAAAGCCACGGGCAUUAAGAACGGCCUGGCGCUGCACCUCAUGGCCCAGGGACUGUACAACCACUCUACCACUACGGUCCAGGACAAAGACGAGAGCGAGUAGCUACGGAGGCCCCGGCCGCGCGGUGGGGCCGAGCCUCGCCCCUUCCCGGCAUCGCCUCCUGCUCCUCCCUGCCGGCGCCUGGAGGGAGGGAUCGAGCUGAAAGACCGAAGAGAAAGAGCGAUCCUCAGAAUGGACAGUCACAUUUGAACGAAACGGUUUUGAAAAGGGAGAAAGACUCGGAUAGGUGCUAUCGAAAAAUAUGAUCUAUUCUCUAUUCACAGUAUAAGGGAUGAAACUGCGAACUCCUUAAAGCUCUAUCUAGCCAAACAGC